AGCACCAAUAUAGGCGCGCGCAUCUGUGCGCCUCUGGAGUGAUGCAUUCUGUCACCGGAGAUCACAAACCUGGGAUGACGGACAUAAUGAAUGAGGAGCAGAUGGAGAACGGACUGGACUCCGAUGAUGAUCUUCAACCCGACGAGAUACCCGAGUUCCUGAAAGACAGGAGAAGAGCCAAGUCCUUACCUGCGUAUCCAGAGCAGGCGAGCCUGUACCACCAGAUCUCCCAGAACUGCAGCAAACGCGUGAAGUUCGCGGACGCGCUCGGCUUGAAUCUGGCGAGCGUCAAGCACUUCAGCAGCAGCGACGAUCCUCAGAUCCCAGCUAAAGUCUUCACCAGGCUGAAGAGCUUCCCCCUCCACAGGGACCGGGAGAUCAUGGAUGACUUGUGCGUGAACAUCAAGUCCUCUCUGGCUCUGGACUAUCUGGUCCCGGCGUUCAAGACGCCCGUGGACUCCGGUGACUUGGAGACGCGGCUGACGCGCUGUCGCGUCGCGCUGGAAAGCGUCACGGUCACGCAGUUUGAUGUCCGCGGGAUCAUACGGGCGUUAGGAGCGAGAGAGGUCGGCAUCAGGUAUACUUUCAACGACUGGCUGUCGUUCGUGGACGCGCAAGCUAUGCGCGUGCCCACAGAGCACAGGGCGCGCGGAGAGCGCUUCUCCUUCACCAUGUUCACGCCCCCUUUCUUAGGUCCGAGCGCUGCUGUGCACUUCGCCGUGUACAUGAGGGAUGAUAACUCUGAGUUCUGGGACAACAACGAUGGGAUGAACUACUCUCUGAAGCAGCACAGCUCGUCAUCCAGCGACACCGCGGCUUUCCACGCGAUAUGAAGCGUUUCACCGAGCACCGUUACAGCCUUCAGAGAGACAGACGAGGACAAAUAGAGAGGACUGACACCUCCUAGAAAGAGUUUACACAAAAUGAAAUAUCCUUCAUCGUUUAGUCACCCUCAUGUUGUUCCAAUCCCGUGGAAAGAUAUUUUGCAGAAUGCCCAAGCUGCUCAUAGAAAGUGGAUGAGGGUUGUUUAGCUGCAAAACACAAUAAAAGUGCCAUAAAUGUGGCCCAUAUGUCCUGUCCGUUUAUAAUUUUUUAUUUUCUAAAAAAACUUUCUUCUGCAGUCAUUUCAAGUUUGAAUUGAAACCUGUUUUGUCAUAGGAAUAACAUUUUUUUUAAAGAUAAUUGCUACAUUUUAUCUCAGAAAUCAGACUUUCAGAAACUUUAAGAAAAAUUAGAAUUGCGAGAUGUGAAUUUGCAAUGUUUUAAGAAGAAAAUACAUAAUUGUCAUAAGUUGUUAUUUUUGUGUGCGUUUCAUUCUGAUAAAUUAAUCCGGGUUAUCUAUUUAACCUUUUAUUUAUUAAAUAAUUUAUUUUGUUAAUGCUGUGGCGGAACCAGACUAUGCCUCGAGAACCAAUGACAUUUGACACUUUCGACUUUGCAAAUCAGACAUAGGAGCUUUACACUUGGGAAGACUUUAUACUACACCUCAUGGCGUUUUUUGUCCUUUUUGGAGCUUGCCAGCCCCUCUUUAGGCUGCUGUGUCUUUUUGUCGAACUGAAAAGAGCAGCGUGGACAUUCUCCCAAACAUCUCAUAGAAAAACUCACAUUGAAAUGACAUGAGGAUGAGCAAAUGAUGAAAGAAUUGACUUUGUUGUACACUGAAAUGAUGCAAGGAAUCACACACGUUACUUUAUGCUGGUUUUGCUUCACAAAUGAGUCAAGCCUUUUAAUAAUAAUGCAAAAUGUGUUGUUUCUAUCAAAGCUCAUGCACAGUUACUGUCAAGAUGUGAAUGAAGAGGCUCAACACUGAGAACACAAUACAGCGGUCAGUUAUGGACGGUCAGCAGUUUUAUCUGGGUCAAAUAAAUGUAGUUUGAUCUGAGAGUAUUCAUCAAUGACAUGUUAACUCAUAAUUCAGAAUUGUGAUAUAUAUAUAUAAACACAGAAUUCAGUUUUUUAUGCAAAUUCUGACUAUGCUAUUUUUUUUCUGUUGCUGAAUAAAAUUAAAACAGUUCAUAAAUAUUUUUUAAAGACUUUUGUCAUACUUUCAAGUUUAUAUCUUGCAAUUCUACCUUUUUAAAGAUUAAAAAAGCAAUUGCAAUUACCUUUAUUAUUAAUAUUAUUAUUAUUUUUGUCUCAGGGUGGAAACAAGCUUCCAAAGUACUGUAUAAAGUGCUGGAAGACAUUAAAACGAAAUAUUUAGAGUUCUCUCAAUGUGUGUUAACAGACCAGUAAAGCAGGUCUGUAAUCAGAGAUAAACUAUCUUUUAUUUUAGUCCAGCUUUGCUGCAGUUUCUCCAAGCGUUGUAUGCUCGAUGCAUCUGUUUGACUACGAGCAGUGCAGAGGGAAGAAGUUCUCCUGUUUUGCAAUAUGCAAAUGUUUGUUUGAAAAUAUGUAAAUAUUCUUCACAAAUGCAGAAUUGAUUUCAUUUAGCGGCUGGGAUUAUACGAAUACAAAUGAUGCUUACUGUAUGUAACCAUUUCCAUUUUUUCCGACUUGACACAACAGUACCAGGAUGAAAUGUCAACCAUUGAGAUGCAAUUAAAAUAUCUUUGGA